AUGCUGCUCAGCGCCAUUUCGGUCGAGCUGGAGCAGGCGUCUGCAUGCAAGGAUAGGCCCUUGAUCGGAAAGCUCGUGGAGUCGCUGGUCGCCAAGAUCAACUGGCUCCCCACGCUGGACGUCGAGGGCGCGAACCAGCUCCAGAGGAAAAUCAGCGACCUGUCCCUACAAGAUGUCCAUGAGGAAACUCUCGGUGCUGCUGUCGACUCCAAGCUCGAGAUCCAUUUGGCCGACGAGAAGGAGGACGUGGAGAGCAAGAACCAAACGCUGACGAACUGCGAGGCCUACACUUCAGCGUCGCUCAAGGAGGGGCUCCAGAAUCCGAAACUCGAUAUCCAGACAAAGAUGCAUAUUGCAGCUGACUUCCUCGUGCUUUGCGGCUGCGCGAAUCCGUGCGAGCAGACGUACAAGUGGUGGCUUGCCCUUAUCCUCCGCGCGCAUUUCACGAGUUCGGCGUGGCCGUCUGACAGGGCCACGUUCGGGCUGCUCGAGGACUUCAAGGAUUGCGCCAUCGCAUCUCGGAAGCACUUCCCCUUCGCGAAGAUCAAGAAGCACCCGAUGGGGCCCAUGCGACAUGAGGGGAAGGCGAAGCAGGAGGUGCAGGAUGCGCCCGACUGGGCGAAGGCGUUGCUCAAGCUCAAGCCGCAGCAGGACAUCAACAUCCACAUGAGCGACCGCGGCAAGAAGGAGGAGCAGGCCGAUGGCUACGACGCUGCGCUCCAGGGCGAGGCGCUCAACGACAAGAGGCCUAGCGCGGCGCCCCUCGCGAUCGCUGACCGCGAGCCCGCCCUCAAGGACGAGUCUGGCUCCGAUCCAGACGCGGUGGGCGACGUGCGGAAGUUCGAGAAGGCAGCCGUGCAGGCCCUCCAGGCGAAGGGGGAGAAGGCGAAAGAGAGGGCGAAUGGGAGAGCGAAGGAGAAGGCGGCGGAGAAGGCGGCGGAGAAGGCGAAGGAUGUGACGGAGGCGCCCAGGAAACGCCCCGCCGCUGCAGGGGCGCCGCGCCCUCCUCUCAAGCGGCCUGCCGCUUGGAAGAACGAUGCCGCGCUGCCAGCUCCAGACCGCGCCUGCCCGAAGAUCGACGGCCCUCCGACCCGCUGGAAUGGCGGGGCCAUCUAUGUUGCCAAGAGGAUCAACGCGUUCAGGAGUAUCUUGGACAGCAAUAGCCCCAAGGGCGAGAAGCGUGCGAGCUGGGGCUCUGACAAGCCGACUGAGGCUGCUUGGCACAAGGCGAAGCAACUCAUCCUCUACGCCCGCGCUGCUGA